AUGAUCCCCCCGGAGCCGCCGCAGCCGCAGCUGCAGCCGCCGCCAGCCCCGCCGAACCAUGUGGUGACCACCAUCGAGAACCUGCCGGCCGAGGGCGGCGGCGCCGGCGCCGGGAGCCUGUCCGCCGCCACCCGGGCUGGCGUGCGCCAGAGGAUCCGCAAAGUGCUGAACAGGGAGAUGUUAAUCUCUGUGGCUUUGGGCCAGGUGUUAUCCCUCCUUAUUUGUGGAAUUGGCUUGACCAGCAAGUACCUGUCAGAAGAUUUUCAUGCCAAUACACCAGUCUUCCAGAGUUUCCUCAACUACAUCCUUCUCUUCUUGGUCUAUACCACUACCCUAGCCGUCAGACAAGGAGAAGAAAAUCUCUUGGCAAUUUUACGACGAAGAUGGUGGAAAUAUAUGAUCCUGGGACUCGUAGACUUGGAAGCCAAUUACCUGGUGGUUAAGGCUUACCAGUACACAACUCUGACCAGUAUCCAGCUCCUGGAUUGUUUUGUGAUUCCAGUGGUGAUUUUGCUCUCCUGGUUCUUCCUGCUGAUCCGGUACAAGGCUGUGCAUUUCAUCGGCAUCGUUGUCUGCAUCCUGGGAAUGGGCUGCAUGGUAGGAGCAGAUGUGCUGGUGGGAAGACAUCAGGGAGCAGGAGAAAAUAAGCUGGUAGGAGACCUUCUGGUUCUGGGAGGAGCCACACUGUAUGGCAUCUCUAACGUCUGGGAAGAAUACAUCAUCCGGACCCUGAGCCGAGUGGAGUUCCUAGGAAUGAUUGGUCUCUUUGGUGCAUUUUUCAGUGGAAUUCAAUUGGCCAUUAUGGAGCACAAGGAGCUGUUAAAGGUGCCCUGGGAUUGGCAAAUAGGACUGCUCUACGUUGGCUUUAGUGCCUGCAUGUUUGGUCUAUAUAGCUUUAUGCCCAUCGUCAUAAAGAAAACCAGCGCCACCUCCGUCAAUCUCUCUCUGCUCACAGCAGACCUGUACAGCCUGUUCUGUGGACUGUUUCUCUUCCACUACAAGUUUUCAGGACUUUAUCUCCUGUCUUUCUUCACCAUCCUCAUCGGACUGGUGCUCUACUCCUCCACCUCCACGUACAUAGCCCAGGACCCCAGAGUGUACAAGCAAUUCCGCAAUCCUUCGGGACCUGUUGUGGACUUACCAACCACAGCUCAGGUGGAGCCUUCAGUCACCUACACCAGCCUGGGCCAGGAGACCGAAGAGGAACCCCAUGUACGUGUGGCCUAG